CUCAGGUGUUCAAUUAGGCUCAAUUGGCCUCCCCUGGUGCCCUUAAAAGAUGCCACACCCCAACAUGUCUUGGCACAUGGUUUGUUUUGAUCUGCCUUUGGCAAUGGGUGGUUGGUUAUGGCUUUGUGUGGUUUUAUUGACAGUAUACUUGCAAGUUGGAAGUGGUCUUAAUCGUUGCAAAGUGGGCUAUAGUCUGUGCAAGGAUGGCUUAGAAUGUAUCCCCUUCAGCCAUGUGUGUGAUGGAGAGGAGGACUGCAAGGAUGGUUCUGAUGAAGAGGCCUGUGAUUUGGGAUGCAGUGCUGAUCAGUUCCAGUGUGCUCAUGGUAAGAAGUGUCUAGACAAGGACCAGGUAUGUGAUGGUGUACUUCAGUGUCAGGACCUCUCGGAUGAACAAAAUUGCCAGGAACACUCUGAAGACUGUGCUCACCACUGUGAUGACAAGAGCCCCUGCCUGCCUGCAAGCUUCAUCUGUGAUGGCGAAAAGGACUGUCAGGAUGGCACUGAUGAGGCAAACUGUGAGGACCAAGAGGAAGUGGGGACAAAAGCAGGUCCUGCACAGGCUUCUUCUGGUCAGUCUCGUCCCAUCAGGUGUGGUUUGGGCUCACAGAUGUGCAAAGACAAAUCAGACUGUGUCCAUUACAAUCAUGUCUGUGAUGGGGAACAAGACUGUAGAGAUGGUUCAGAUGAGGAAGAUUGCUUGUCACAAUGUGGAAAUGACCAAUUUCAGUGUGCCCAUGGAAGAAAGUGUAUAGAGAAAAGCAAAGUGUGUGACAGUGUGCCACAAUGUCAGGACCACUCUGAUGAAAUUGGAUGUGCCAAGCGCAUGGAGGGCUGUGCUCACUUGUGUGACGAAAACAGCCGCUGCAUCCCCAGCAGUUUUCUGUGUGAUGGAGAGCAGGACUGUAGUGAUGGCAGUGAUGAGGCCACCUGUGCUGAUAUUCUGUGCAGCUCUACAGAGUUUAAGUGCCUCAGUGCCCAGUGUGUUUUGGCUUCAAUGCGUUGUGAUGGUCACCCUGACUGCUGGGACCGCUCUGAUGAGGAAGACUGCACCAAACCACCAGUCUGCACAACCAAACACCGCUGUCCCCAGAGCAAGGAGUGCCUGGUGCAGGAGUGGCUCUGUGAUGGAGACCAGGACUGCAAAGAUGGCUCAGAUGAAAAGGAUUGCCCUGUGGCUCCAGUCAGCUGUGGUGACUUCCAGUGGCUCUGUAAAUCAAAGACUUUAUGUAUUCCUGCAGUCUGGAGAUGUGAUGCCAUGAAGGACUGUGAUGACGGUAGUGAUGAGGCUGAAUGUGGGAGAGUGGCAUGCCCCCCUCAUGAGUUCCAGUGUGGCAGCCAGGAGUGUGUGGAUCCAGUUCUGGUAUGCAAUGGUGUUACCAACUGUGCAGAUGGUUCAGAUGAGGGGCUUGGCUGCCAGAUGACCUGCAUGGAGGCUGACAACCGCUGCUCACAGGGCUGCUACAGCACACCCCAGGGACCACACUGUCUGUGUACAGCAGGGUACAGGCUUCUGGAGGAUGGGCAGACAUGUGCUGAUGUAGAUGAGUGUGAAGGCCAGGCUCAAAGUGUGUGCAGUCAUCUUUGUCUCAAUACACCUGGGUCCUACCAGUGCGAGUGCCAUCCAGGCUUUAUAAUGGAGGCAGAUGAUUACCAAUGCAAAAUAACAGGUGAACCAUUCCUGUUGACAUCAGUCCAAACAGAGUUGUAUAUGUAUGGUUUGCGCAGUAGAAGCCUAGAUAUGUUGUCAUCAUCUGCCAAAAAGGCCAUCUUUUCUAUGGACUAUGACUGGAGGGACCAGAAAGUCUACUGGGUUGGUGUGGACACAGAAACUAUCCGGUGGUCUUCUAUGGACCAGAAGACUACAGGAAUUCUGACUAAAGGUGUCCGAGCAGACUCUGUAGCUGUGGACUGGCUUGGAAGGAACCUCUAUUGGAUAGAUGGUGUGAAUAGUCAGAUUGUUGCCAUCAGACUUGUGAAAGCUACUGUCAAGUCAUUGGACCAAAGCAUCAUCUUAGAUGAAGACUUGGAUCAGCCUCGCUCUCUGGCCCUGCUACCACAAAAAGGGCUGAUGUUUUGGACAGAAAUUGGUAACCCAGUGAAGAUUGAGUGUGCUGGAAUGGAUGGGUCUGGGAAGAGGGCAGUGGUAAACUCCAGCUUGGGCUGGCCAGGUGGAAUUGCAGUGGAUAUCCUUUCAGAAAGGAUUUUCUGGACGGAUGAGAAACUGGGUGCAAUUGGUUCUUCCACACUAGAUGGUAACAAUAUAAAGAUUCUCCAGAUGAGGGAGACAACAAAUCCAUUUUCUGUGGCUGUAUUCAAUGACAUGCUUUACUGGUCUGAUGCCAAGAAGAGAGUAGUGCAAGCUGCUAAUAAACUCUCUGGUAAGAACCGGCAAGUUAUCCUGAAGAGACCUGGACAACCGUUUGCUGUUAAGAUUAUCCACCCAAUAAUCCAGAUGGAUACGGAGAGCCCCUGCAAGAAGAUGGCCUGUUCACAUAUGUGUGUGUUGGCACCAAGACGCAAAGCUGUGUGCAAGUGUCCCUCUGGUCUGUCUCUGGCUGAAGAUGGUCUGACCUGUUCCAGCCUAGUCACAUCAACAUUCCUGCUGCUAUUGUCACAACAAACUGUCACAAAGAUCUACUUGCAGGCCCAACAAGCAACAGGGCUAAAAGGAUGGCCAGAGCAUUUUGCAUUGCAGAUCCCCAGUGUCAGUGAAGCAAAGAUCAUGGACUAUAGCAUGCAUGAACACACACUCAUCUUGUUGGAUGACAGCACAACUUCGGUCAACUCCUUCAAGCUGAAGGACUCUAUCUUGGUUGCUCAAGGCCAGCUUCUCAAACUACUAGAUGACCAAAUCACUGCCAUGGCUCUUGACUGGGUAACCCUUAAUGUGUACUGGAGCAGCAACAAGCAGUCCCGGCUGCACGUCACCUCCAAAACUGGCGCAUACACAGCAAUUCUCAUAAAAGAAGGGAUUACUGGAGUGGGUUCUAUUGCCCUUCAUCCUCAAAGUGGCAGAGUUUGUUUUACAAAUCUAGAUCUAAAAGAUGUUGGCAGUAAAGCUGUGCUAGAAUGUGCUCACAUGGAUGGUGGUGAGCACAAAGUUGUGUGGAAGGAAGCGGUCCAGCCAGCAUCUCUAGUCUUUUCCAGUAAUGGGGAUACAAUCUAUUGGGCUAACACAGGAACCGGAACAAUCAGUUCUGUCAAGGCUGACGGAUCUGGAUACAAAGAAUUGGAGGCUGGUGAUGGGCUGACUGCUGUGGCUCUUGGUGAAGACAUGCCAAUCUGGAUGACUGUCGGUGGUAAUAAGGACAUGACAAGACUCUGGUACAGAGAAAAUCAGCAGCAAAAGCUAUGGUUUGAGGUUGGCACAAAAGUAGCUGGCUUGAAAGCCUUCAGCAAGUCUACACAGUCAGGUUCAAACCAGUGUGCAGAAAACAACGGCAAUUGUCAGCACCUGUGCCUUGCCACCCCAACAGGACGGACAUGCAAAUGUGCCCAUGACUUCAUUACAAAAGACACAAACUGCAGCCCAAAUCAAAGCUGCUCACCUGACAGAAGACUAUGUCUGGACCAAACCUGCCUGCCAGCUGAGAAAUUCUGUGAUGGUUAUGCUGACUGCUCUGAUCACUCAGAUGAAAACUGUGCUGGUGUCAGGAAUGGGUCAGGAACCAAGGUCUCUACUCAAAGUCCUCAGAGCACCUCAUCUCCUCGCGCGAUCUCCCCAGGGACAGCUGUGGGAAACGCCCCAGUUGCUGGCAGUGAGCUCAUGAACUUGGAAGCUUCACAGUGCAGCCAAAACCAUUGCAGUGGGAACGGGCACUGUUUGGAAAUCGGCGGGGUCACUACAUGCAAAUGUUCAGAGGGCUACAGUGGGUCUUCCUGUAAAGACCAAGCAGUGAAAACCAUGCAGGGCCCCAUUAUUUAUGGUGCAGUUGGUAUCUGUGGCAUAAUUGUUGUCAUUGCUGUGAUAGCAGUGGUCCUUAAAAAAAAUACUGCCUCAAGGAGAGGAAGCCCAGAUGCAACAGUUGAAACAAACAUGUCUGACCUGGAGAAAGUUGAAACUACACCCAGAACACAAAAUGCCCAGGCAGCUUCAGAGAAGCAAGAGGAACCAGUAUCUUCUGUGGAUUAAUUCUGACAAACAUUUUAAUAAAGAGUUUGCAAUUUCA